UAUAUAUACAACAAUGAAAUCAUCUAUUUAGUUUCUCAGUUAACGAAUUGUGUUGCUGAAUUGUCCCUCAAAAAUAUGGGUGUUAAAAAUCUACUGAUGAUGCAGGCUAAUUUAGUAGCUGGUAUAUUUAUGCUUUUCGCAGCAUGUAGUCCUGUGAUUCCUCAGCAGGAAGUUGAAAUAUUGAAAGAAAUACUUUUCGAAAAUGUUGAUGAAUCAACUGAUUUAUUAAAGACAUUGACAGUUAUUAUGAAAUUCAAUGAAAACAAUGUACCAGAUGAUUUAUUGGAAAAGAGACGAAAAUUAUUUGAAAAACGAUAUUAUAAUGAAGAAGUGGCAGUUGUGGUUGGUAAUUUAAGAAAACGAUUUGAUUAUAUUGCUUUGAGUGAAAAUCUGGAUAGUUAUGAAAUUGAUCUCAGCGAAAGAAAUUUGGCUGUUCUUCCAAAAGAUAUAUUUACUGGCUUAAGAAAUCUGAAAAAGCUUAAUUUGUGGUACAACCGAAUAGAUUAUCUUGAGUCAAGCACUUUUAAUAAUUUAUCAAAUCUUCAGAGACUUGAAUUGGACAGCAACAAUUUAACAGCAUUAUCAAGCGGUACAUUCAAUGGUCUUGAAAUACUCGAAGUAUUGGACAUGUCAGGGAAUAAACUAAAUUGCCUUCAACCAGGUACUUUUAAUAAUUUAUCAAAUCUUCAGAGACUUGAAUUGGACAGCAACAAUUUAACAGCAUUAUCAAGCAAUAUAUUUAACGGUCUUGACAAACUCGAAGAUUUAAAUCUGUCAUGGAAUAAACUAAAUUCUCUUCAACCAGGUACCUUUAAUAAUUUAUCAAAUCUCAAGUAUCUUCGGAUACACAAAAAUCAUCUAACAGCAUUAUUGAGCAAUACAUUCAAUGGUCUUGAAAAGCUAGAAGUAUUAGACCUGUCAUGGAAUAAUCUGAAUUCUCUUCAACCAGGUACCUUUAAUAAUUUAUCAAAACUUCAGAAACUGGAAUUGGACAACAACAAUCUAGCAGCAUUAUUGAGCGAUACAUUCAAUGGUCUUGAAAAGCUAGAAGUAUUAGACCUGUCAUCGAAUAAUCUGGAGUCCCUUCAACCAGGUACAUUUAAUAAUUUAAAAAAUCUUCAGACUCUUUAUAUUUACAAGAACAGUCUAACAGCAUUAUCGAGCGAUAUGUUCAAUGCUCUUGAAAAACUCGAAUUAUUAUAUCUAUCAUCGAAUAAACUAAAUUCCCUUCAACCUGGUACUUUUAAUAAUUUAUCAAAUCUCAAGAAUCUUUAUAUACGCCAUAAUAAUCUAACAUCAUUACCAAAAAAUAUAUUUACUGGCCUUGAAAAACUUAAAUCCCUAGGCUUCUGUGGUUAUAAAAUCGAUAAAAUUCUAUCAAAAGCAACAUAA